AUGGCCUGCGUCCAGACGUGGAAUAUUUCACCAGUUUGCGAGCACUGGGAGCACUGGGCAUCGGAGGAGAAAGCAGCAAAGUCACUCUUUCUCAUCGAACGGGGAGAGGCAUGCAUUGUGGCAUGGGAGCCGCUGAAGAAGUGCAGCCUGCAGGUCCUAGUCCUUCAGGUGCUUCUUACUUUCCUGGUCUUGGUGACGUUGAAGGCUGUCACAGCCGCUGUGAGGGCAACAGGCAGUGUGUCACCUUCCAGGUGCCAAUGUUCACAAGCUACCAACGUGUAUCUAAAAUAUGCUGUGGUGCAGCGCGGCGCAGCAUCUGAGAUGAAGCAGAGUGGUGGAGUGGUGCUCUUCGCAGCGUUUCGCACUUCUUGGGAAGCAGGAGACAUAGUGGCGUUUGUCCAGAAAUUGGAGGCUUGCAACGACAAUUCUCUACCGGCAGCUUUUCUCAGCCGCUUUGCAGAGCAUCCAGAAGAACUUCAUCCUGCAAUUUUAGCAAGGUUAUUGCCGAUGGCCCAGAAACUAGUUCAGGCCAAUUGCGAGGAGCAUGCAGUGGCAGCCGUUCGCUUUGCACUGCAGUUGCUACACGUCUCAUGGCCUGGUGUUGCAAAAGCGCUGAAGAGUGCAGGGACUCCACGAGUUCUUUUCAAAGCUUGCGAGGAGGUUGUAUAUCAGCUCCAAUCAAUGUUCGCCGUUGUCAAAACACUCUCGCGAUCGGUGAAGAUCUCCAAGACCAACGGUCCGCUGGUGCCCCUAUGCAAGAGACUCAAAGGCAAUCUCGAGGAGGCGCUUGCCAAUGUUGGACGCCUCAGAAGCUGA